AUUAUAUGAUUUUCAAGAGAUCUGCAACAUCUAUAAUGUGAUAUGAAAAUCUCUGAUUUCUAUUAGUGACAAUCAGUACUGCUACUACUGCUGCUAAAUUUCAGUUAGAGGAGAGGGAAAAUAAAGAUGUAAUUUUGUUUUAUUUUUUUGAGACGGAGUUUCAAUCUUGUUGCCCAGGCUGGAGUGCAAUGGUACGAUCUCGGCUCACGGCAACCUUCGCCUCCCAGGUUCAAGCGAUUCUCCUGCCUCAGCCUCCCUAGUAGCUGGGAUUACAGGCAUGUGCCACCACGCCCAGCUAAUUUUGUAUUUUUAGUAGAGACGGGGUUUCUCCAUGUUGGUCAGGCUGGUCUCGAACUCCGAGCUCAGGUGAUCCGCCCGCCUCGGCCUCCCAAAGUGCUGGGAUUACAGGCAUGAGUCACUGCGCCCGGCCAUAAAGGUGUAAAUUUGUUCCCAUCCAAAUUCAUGGACCUCUCCAAACCCUGUCCCCAGCCUCGAUUAGAGGUCUGCAGAAUACAAAUUAAGAACCCUUGCAAAUAGGAGGGUCCUUCCCAUCUCUCCUUCCUUCUUAAACAGUUUUCCUUCGGAAGCCUGGGUUUUAUUCUGGGUCUUACUGCGCCGACUGCCGGCGGUGUACCGUAAGAAGCCGCAAAGACGGGGCGGUGGUGGGGAGUGGUAGCGGGAAGAGGCCGGGCCGGAGCGCGCGAGGGGUGGGGCCUGGCUGUGUGACUUCAAGCCAGUCAGUUUGCCUCUCUGGGCCAUAAGUUCUGUCCGCCUCAAUACUGGGAAAGAAUUGGGAGGAGAGAACUUAAUUAUUUAUGCCCCAGGCAACUGAUCUAUAUUUGCCCUCUCAUUUAAUCCUCACACAUUGUGAGGAAAAUUUUAAAACAUCUUUCCAUUUCCAGAUGGUUAAACUGAGGCUCCUAGCGAGGUUGUCACUUGACCAAUGUCUCAGCAGGUAUCAGGGACUGGUAGGUGACACGCCACAUCCCCAUAACCACCUCAUCCUCCAUGCAUGGAAUAAGGAACUCUGCUCACUUUGAGCGAGAGAAACCUGGCUUAGGAAUCUCUGCAGGUGGGUGUGGAACUGUGAGAAACUGGGGGCAGAAUCGCGUCUCUUAGCAGAGCGGUGGCAGUGCAAGGUGGCUUAUGGAGAGUAAAACGUCAAAGAAGCCAGGCAUCUCGAUUGUGCAGUGACUCGGCGCCUGGCGUGGCUUCCGGCUUCGCGCCUGCGUAUUCCCAAGUAGCCGCCUGAAGACCUGUCGAAUAGACAGGCAAAGGGCCAUGACAAGCACUCCUUUCCUGGCCAAUCCUAUUAAAGGGUGGGCUUGGCUCUUUAACCAAUCAAAGUCCCCCGAAGGGGCGGAGUUUUCCUCGGUUUGGCUCUAAGCGUCGGGGGUAAAAAUAAAAUGUUUCCAUCCCCAGCCAAUCCCUGGAAAGGCAGAAGGGCACUCCUCCAAUGGGAGCCGGGGAGCCGUCGGUAGCGGCGUAGGCCCGUGCCCCUGCUCGCGCUGCAGCCCGUGGAAGGGUUCCGUCCAGCGUAUCCUUCAGAUCUUGCUGUAGGCCUCUGGUGUCUGUGCGCGCGCGGCAGGGGCGGCGGCGGCGACGGCCGGAGGUGUACGUUGCUUCCUCUACUGAAGUCUUGAAACCCCUGAAAGUCAUCCCUGAGGUUUGAAGUUAACUUCUUCUACACCCUGUUAAUGUUGAUAUUUUGACCUCCUUCCAUGAAUCACAAAUGUUCUUAAUGGCAUCUAGAAUGAACAUGCAUCAUUAUUAGAACCAUCACCCUGCAGCUAGCUUGGAUACCAUUAAAAGGGCUCAUCAGCUGCAAACGGAUUAAAGUAUCUGAUACUCGGGAAGACAGAGUUUCAGGGUUUCUACCUGGAGCUACACCCUCAGGAAGCCCCUCCUUGGCCUCCCUGCACCCAGUCCCAUCCCAACCAGUCACAUCUUGGGCUGUGCGUGGUGUUUCUUGGAAACUGGAACACAGACUCCUCCAGCAGCUCCACAGGUCCCUUGUCCUCAAUGAGCAGAAGACUACAGGAGCUGGCUACUGAAGAGGCUGUCCAAGUAAUAGAGCACCUUCUUGGCCCUGCUUAGCACAUUUACUGCAGAGCUGGAUGCUACUUAUUUGUGCUCACCACCUUCAGGGACUGCAGAGAGAUUUGUCAGACCCUACUUCACUAAGGGCCACCCUCUAAGGAUCUCCAGAAGAGGCUGCCCAUAGAGAGAAGUGGCCUGCCUAGGGUCUCCACUUCCUCAGGUCCUACCCGGACACCUCUAGGGCUGAGGGGAUCAGUAUCUCUUCACCUGCCUGUAAUCCACAUACCAAGUGGAAGAAUCUGCCUGCUAUUUUUUGUUUGUUUGUUUGUUUUGGCGGGAAGAGUUUUAACUACUGCUGUAACUCCUUUAGUAGCUAUGGAACUGUUGAGUAUUUCUUUUUCUUCUUGAGUUGAUUUUGGUAAGAUAACAGUUUUCUAGGAGUUGGUCCAUUUUGUCUGCAUUUUCAAAUUCAUUGGCAUAAAGUUUCCUUUUUAUUCUGUGCUGUGUAUGAACUGUAACAAUGUCUCCUUUUUCAUUACUGAUAUUGGUUAUUUGUGCCUUCUCACUUUUUUUCUUGAUCAAUCUCACCAGAGGUUUAUCUAUUUUAUUAGUCUUUUCAAAGAACCAACUUUUGGCUUUGUUGCUCCUCUCUAUUGUAUCUUUGUUUUCUAUUUCUUUAAUUUCUGCUCUUAUCUUUUUUGAUCUCCUUCCUUCCACAUUUUUUGGGUUUAUUCUGUUGUUCUUUUUCUAAUUUAACUGGACAUUGAGCUCAUUAAUUUUCAUUCUUUCCCAUUUUCUAAUUUGUGCAUUUAAGGAUGUAAUUUCCCUCUAACUCCUGCUUCUCCAUAAGUUUAGAUAUGUAGUAUUUUCAUUAUUGCUCAGUUAUAAGUACUUCAUUUCUAUCAAGGUUACUUCUUUGACCUGUAAGUUAUAUAGAAAUGUGUUUUUAGAUUUCCAAAUGUUUGGGGAUUUAAAAUUUUAUCUCUUUGUUAUUGAAAUCUGUCUUAAUUGCAUUAUGGUCAGAGGAUGUGGUUUGUGUGACAACAACUCUGAAAUUUUUUAGACUUGUUUUAUGGCUUAGUAUGUGACCAAUAUUUUUGAAUGCUUCCUAUGUGCUAAUUUAUAAGAAUGUGUGUUCUCUAAUUGUUGAAUACAGAGAUCUACAUAUGUCUAUUAUCAAGUUUGUGAACUAUUGUUCAAUUUUUACUUACCUAUACUGAUUUUUUUGGUCAUUAUCUACUGAUAAUUGAAAGAGGUGCGUUAAUGUUCAACUGUAAUGGUGGAUUUGGCAAUUUCUCCUUGUAAUUCUAUCUCGUUUCUUGCUUUAUAUAUUUUGAGGGUGUUCAUUAGGAAUAUUCAAAUUAAAAAUUGUUAUAUAUUCCUGAUAAAUAUGUAAUGACCCUCUCUAUUCCUGAUAAUGCAUUUUUCUUUGAAACCUAUUUUAUCUUAUAUUAAUGUAGUAACACAAACUUUUCUUGUUGGGAUUUGUGUGGUAUAUAAUUUUCCAUCCUUUUACUUUUGAGCAUUUUCAUGCCAUUAUGUUUAAUUAUAUCUCUUGGAAACAACAUAUAACUGGACCUUUUAAAAAAUCUAAUCUGAUUAUCUCUUUUGGUUGGCAAGUUUAGUCUGUUUACAUUUACUGUGAUGUAUUUGGGCUUGUUUCUACCAUCAUACUUUUUUAUUUCUGUUUACCAUCACUACCUUUUCUGUGCUUCAUUUUCUCUUUUCUCGCCUGCUUUUUUAGUUUUGAGAUUUGUUUUCUUAUUCAAUUUUUUUCCUCCCUAUUUUUAAAUUUUUUUCUAUUCUUUCUGUGGUUAUCCUUGAUGUUUUCCAUAUGUGUUUAACUUAUAAAGUCUAAAGUUAAACAAUAUUUUAGCCCCCUUCUUAAAGAAUGCAGGAAGCUUAGAAACCUUCAACUCUAGUCAUUCCUCUCCUGAUCACAUACUGUUGUUUUCAAAUAUGUUAGUUUGUUCCUUUUUGUAAACCUCACAAUUUUACAUCAUUGUCAGUGUUAUUUUAUAUAGACAGUGUUUGUUUGGACUUACAUGCAUACAUUCUUGUAUCGCAGAUCAUCCUUUGGGAUCAUUUUCUUUCAUUAUGAAUAUAGUGUUUAAGUGAGUUUUUUUUUUUUUAGUACAGGUCUCUUGAUGUUAAAUUCUUCCAGUCUUUCUUAUAUGUAAAUGUCUUUAUUUUAUCCUCAUUCUUAAAAGAUAGUUUGUUACAGGUAUUUUUACUCAACACUUAGAAUAUAUGGUUCCAUUCUCUUUUGGCUUUGAGAUGUCUGUUGCUAUUAAGAAGUCGACUAUCAGACUAAUUGCUGGUUUUGUGUGUGUGUAGUAGUAGUAGUAGUAGUAGUAGUAGUAGUAGUAGUAGUAGUAGUGGUAGUAGUAGUAGUAGAAUGUGCAGGGGGUCCUGCAGUUUUACUCUAACAUGUUUACAUAUGUAUUUUUUUUUAAUUCUACUUUGGGAAUGUCAUGCUUCGUGGCUCAGUGAAUUCAUGCUUUUCAUAAUUUCUGGGAAAUUCUCAACCAUUAUCUCUUCAAAUAUUGCCUUUCAUUUUUUCUAGUUUUUCUUUCUCGGAAUACAGUUAGUCAUAUUUUGGACCUCCUCAUUCUAUCUUCCAUAUCUCAUAACAUCUCUGAGAUUUUCUAUCUCCUUGUCUUUCUGCACUUCAUUCUGGAUAAUUUCUUUAGGUAUAUCUUUCAGCUUACUGAUUCUCUUUUCAACUAUGUUUAAUCUGCUCUUUAAUCUGCCCAUUGAGUUUUUUAUUUCAAAAGUUAUAUUUUUCAUUUGUACAAACCUCAUAUAUUUUACUUGCUAAUCUGCCUAGUCAUCCCUAAUAGUCUCUUAUUGCUUGGUCAUCUUAGUGAUUACAUCUGUUAUUACUUCUUUAAAACAUUUUAUAUAAUUUUUGUUCAACCAGUAGUCACUGUUUGCAUGAGUAUGACAUUGUAAAUAUUGUUCACAUCAAAACUACAUAGUAUAUUCUGAUUACAUAUCCUUCGUUGUAUACCCUUUCAUUUUCCUUGGAGCUAAUAAUUGUGUAUUUUGUUUUCUUUUGCUUAGUGUUCUAGUACCUAUACUAUUCUUCUCUGAAAUUCUUUAUACAAUCCAAAUCAGAUCAUGUCCUUCCACUAUUCAGAAUUCUCCCAUGGCUCCCACCUCCCUCAACAAAAGCCAAAGCCCUCACCAUGGCCCAAAGUCCCUACAUAAUCUGGUUCCCUUUACCUCUCUUACCUUGUCUCCUAUCACUCUCAAUAUCACUCACUCUUCUCCAGCUACACUGGCCUCCUUGCUGUUCCCCAAGUGUGCUAGAUACCCUUCCUUUUCAGGGCCUUUGUACUUGUUCUUCUCACUGCCUGAAACACCCUUCCUCCUAAAUAAUCUGAUGAGUUGCCCUAUUACUUCCAGUGUGCUCAAAUGUCACCUCCCCAGAGAAGUGUUUCCUGAUCAACAUAUCUAAAAUCGCCCCAUCACAUGCAUUUUAUAUCCCUUUAUCCUAUUUUAUGUAUGUUUUUCUACAAAGCACUGAUCACCACCUGGUAUAUUUUAUAUUUAUUUAUUGUGGUUAGUGUUCGUCUCUCUUCAGUAGACUGUAAGCUCCAUAAAGCAGGGACUUCUGUUUUGUUCACUGCUGUAUCCCCAGUGCCAAAAACAACAGUGCAUAGUAGAUACUCAAUAAAUAUUUGUGGAAUAAACUGAA